AUGCAGACCCAAAAGGCAAGAAAUGGAUCUCCAGAUGUUCCUAAGAAGCUGUCUCCUCGAGCUGCUCGGCCACUGAAGAUAGCAGCACUAGAGCCUGACUCUUCUUCAUCUUCUAUCUCAGCUAAUAACAGAAUACCAAAAGAUAAAAGUCCCAAAGUUCUAGACCGUAGGUCUCCACGAAGCCCUGUCUCCGAGAAGAAAAGGCCGAGUAGAAUAACGGAGCUAGAGUCGUUAGUCUCGCAGCUUCAAGAGGAGCUGAAGAAGGCGAAAGAUCAAGUUACAGUGUCUGAGACAUCAAAGAAGCAAGCAGAGCAAGAAGCAGAGGAGUCCAGGAAACAGCUACAAGAAGUUUCCUCUAAGCUAGAGGAGACCCAGAAUCAGUUCUUGGAAGUUUCAGCCUUGGAGGAAGAAACCGAUAAAACCGGUGUUCUUGAACAUCAAAGUGUAUCUCAAGAGUGUGAUUUGGAGUUUAGUGCAACUGCUGAUGAAAGGGCAGGAUUGGCUGUUGUUGUUUAUGAGAUCCGACAACUCAAGCUUCAGAUUGAGAUGGUCGCUUAUUCUGAAGCUGGUCAUGUGAAGCAAGCUGAGUUGCAUAACUCUGAGAUUCAACUUUUGAGAAGUAACUUAAUGGACACACUUUUCCUCGUCGAGAAUUUCAGGAACCAACUUAAGGACUGUGAGGUAUCAGAAGCUGAGACGGAGGCUUUAGCCACAGAAACUCUUAGGCAAUUGGAGAAUGCUAAAAAGGCAGUAGAAGAACUGAAGUCAGAUGGAACAAAAGCAGUUGAGAGUUACAAGAAGAUGGCAGUUGAGCUUGAACGGUCAAAAUCGAGGAUGGUAUGGCUUGAAGCUCUUGUUGAUAAACUUCAGACCAAUCCAGAGGAUUUGGAAAACCAAGAAAUCCUGCUUAAAGACUAUGAAAGUUUAAAACUUGGGGAGUCAAAUGAGUUGGAGGAAGAGCUAUCUUUCUUAAGAGGUGAGAUAGAGAGACUGAGAGCAGCUCUAGAAGCGUCUGAGAAAAAAGGCCAAGAAGGGAACAUAGAGGCUUCUUCUCGGUUACGGAUUCAAGCUGAACUUCAGUCUGAAUUAAAGAUAGCUAAAUCUGAGAUAGACGAGCUAAAGGCGAGGUUGAUGGACAAGGAGACGGAAUUACAGUUUAUUUCAGAGGAGAAAGAUAACUUAUGCCUGGAACUGAUGAAGAACCAGAAAGAAACAGAUGUUGAAGCUGAACUGAAGAAACUAAGGGAGGCGAUCGAGAACUUAAAGGCGGAUUUGAUGGAUAAAGAGACAGAACUCCAGAUCAUUUCAGAUGAGAACGAGACAUUGAAGUCGGAUAUCCACAAGAGGGAGACAGAUGUACAAGACGCGUUCAUGAAGCUAGGGAUUGCAAUGGAAGAGGCUGACAAGAGUAGCAAGAGAGCAGUUAGGGUCACCGAGCAACUAGAGGCUACUCAAGCUUCAAACUCAGAUAUGGAAACAGAACUCAGGAAGCUCAAAGUUCAAUCAAACCAGUGGAGAAAAGCUGCUGAAGCAGCUACUGCCAUGCUCUCCGCUGGAAACAACGGAAAAUUCGCUGAGAACUACAAUCAAACAAACUCUCCUUACUCUGAAGAUAUCGACGAUGAAUUGACAAAGAAGAAAAAUGGGAAUAUGCUCAAGAAGAUUGGUGUUUUGUGGAAGAAGCCUCAGAAAUAA